AUGGCUGAAGAAGGAUGUUGGGGGCCCGAUUGCAAAUAUGUGGGCCCCGAAUCCGACGCAGCCCCAGGUCGGUGCACAGGAACUCGGGGAUACAUCUCAAACAACGAGAUUCGACAAAUGCUUGCCAGUGGCAAAGAUGUUCAGCAACAUUCCGACGAUGACGGAGAUAUCCUGGUGUACAACGGCACGGAAUGGGUUUCAUGGCUGACCAGGUCAUCCUAUACCAGUCGCGUGGAUUGGAUUACCGGCCUAAAUAUGGGCGGCACAUCAGACUGGGCGAUCGAUCUGGAUUCCGCCUACGCUGUUGGAGGUGGCCCCGGUAGUCCCGGCGGUCCAGGAACGGGUGUUAUAUACAUUAGCCCGGAUUUAUAUGAGGAAGAUGAACCUGUCGUGAAGUGUGACCAGUACCCUUGCACGUUUGUCUUCCCCCCUUGGAAACUGGAAAGUCCAACGACUAUCAAGCCUUCUCCGACGACGUUAACAUAUGAAGAAUAUUGGUCGACGACUGAGUAUUUUGCCGCAGAGGACGCUACAAUAACCACUACCGUGGGGUCGAUAGGGACGACCAUCAUCACACCGUCCCCCAUUACCCUGUCAAGCAUUGAUGUGUGGAAUCACAUCCAAGAAGAGGGUGAUGAAAGUCUUAUUUGGCUGACAAGCAGUGUCCGGCUCGAACCGAGCACUUUCACCAAGACCUAUGAGGGGCCAAAUGGGACGUCAACAUCUAACUCCUGGAGGCCCCCAAUCACCUGGACCUGGAGCCCCGGGCCCUACCCUGUCAUUCCUCUACCGACGCCAACAGGGCCAGGCUCAAAUCCUAAUAAUCCAGAUGAUCCAAACAACCCAGACAAUCCAAGUAAUCCAAGUCCCCCUCCACCUCCUCCGUCAAACUACCCGCCAUCUGUUACCUUCAGCGAGGGCCUCCCAACCCCAACCUGUGGCCCGGGGGAGGAUUGCGGUGGGUUCCAAUGCGCCGACGACUGCGAUCCUUCCGACAUUGGUGGCUGCGGCGGAGUCUGUGGCUGUCUUGGAGGGUGCCCUCCAGGUGCCGGUAACUGUGUUGGUCGUUCCUGUGGAGGAGGUGGUGGGGGGUCAAGCGGCGGCGGCGGCGGUGAUGGACCAGAUGAUAGCCAAACAACGUGUUCUGCGCGACAAACAGCAUCAUGGUGCAUGGAGCGCUGCACAGUCAAGUCUUUCCCGAGCACUACCACCACAACCUGCACAGAAGAGUGCACGCGAACAUUCACAGCCUGCUCAGUAACAGACAGCACCACGUCGACAACAACCACCGCGCGAUGUCGGGCACGAACAAGCUCCCCUCAAGACCUUGAGGGCAUCCAAAUCGUUGUAACGUCGGGAAGCAACGACUACACUAUGCCUCCCAUCCCCACCUCAGAACCUGACGACGACGACGACGGCGGUGACGGUGAUGGUGAUGGUGGUAGUCCAGACCCAGAUCCAACCGACUCGGACCCUCCGUAUCCAACCACCCCACCAGACCCCGAGCCCUACUGUUUCCGUGACCACAAUGCAGACGGCCGCUAUAAGGCAUUCACAUUCGAUGACUUCGCCGAUAUGGUCGACACUAUCUGUUACCAACCCUCCGUUGAUGAACUCUCCCCAGACAACACUUUCGGAUAUGUCUGGGGCGACUCGGGAGGUCUCCAAAUAUCCGUUCUCUGGGCGGAGGACCAGUCCGGAUGCAAGCCGAAGAGCUCCCAGCCAAUGGGGGAUUAUUGCAAGCAAACCUUUAUAGACUUUGGGUACACUUGUGAUCUGGACUUUGACCAGGACGAGUGGUAUGGCGGCGGGUUUGUUGAUAACUACGAGCAUGGAGACCAGACCGACCAGCCGACUCACCCGGUAAUCUUCACUAAGCGUGCGACUUCCAUCAUUGGCCCUGAGGACCCUAUUUUGCUGCAUCCAAACUUCACCAGCACGCCUGACUACGAGGGUGAGAUUGGCGUGAUCAUUGGAAAGCCUGGUUUCCAAAUUUCAGAUCAGAACGCCUUGGACCAUGUAUGGGGUUAUACCAUUGUGAACGAUAUGACUGCACGCGAGUGCCAACGCGACCACAAACAAUUCUUCCUCGGCAAAUCCCCCGAUACAUUCUGUCCCUUGGGACCUGUGGCCGUCCCCAAGGACAGCCUUCCCGAGAACCUGAAAGUCCAGACCUUCGUCAACCAAGAGAAGCGCCAGGAGGGCACUCUUAACGACCUGAUAUUCAGCGUUCCUCACAUAAUUGCGACAAUCAGCGCUGGUCCAACACUACAAGCUGGCGACGUUAUCGCCACUGGUACCCCUGCCGGCGUUGGAUUCGGGUUCAGACCCAUGAGGUUCUUGCAAACCGGAGAUGAAAUUAGUGUCUCUGUGACAGGACUAGGAACCUUGACAAAUCGGAUUGCUGCUCCUGACGCAGUGAACACCACUCCCGAGCGCGCACAGUCUCACAUUCCUAUCGCCAACCAAAAGGCGCCUGCUAGUGCGGGAUUAACAGCUGUCAAUGGCAAGAAGCUGUUGUAUCAACGACUGGGUGUUGAGACGUAA